AUGUCAGAUCAACGUUGCUCCGUCGCUCUCGAAAAUGGACGUUAUGCCAAAGUCACCCUUUGGCAAAACGAAGUUAGAUUAGAUAUGCGAGAGUAUAUAGUGGGAGAGAAAAAAAUCAUACCCACCAAGAAAGGAAUAUCUUUGAAACUGCAUCACAUCAAAACGCUGUCUAAUUUCAUGGAUUCUAUACAGGACACCUUAAAAAAGAACGGAGAAAUGAAGUGGCACCUGGGAUAUAAUGUUUACGUCUCCGUGAAAGAAGACAAUCCUUGCGUCGACAUACGACAGUAUUGGAAACCACCACAGACCGAUGAGUCUGUUCCAACUAAAAAGGGCUUAUGUCUCAGACCACAGGAAUAUGACCACUUCCUAUCUCAGUGGGAAACAAUCCUUAAUUCCAUACCAGAAUUGGAAACAUUCGUACCCUGUUAUGAUCAAGAUGAUCAUUUGAAUCAACUGGGAAUGCUGUGA